AUGCACCGUUCCGAAACUUUGUUGGCAUUUUUGGACGAGCAAAACAUCAACUUAUUUGAGCACUCUGUGCUGUUCCCAGACCUCAACGCGAUCGAAAACGUCUGGGGCAUGAUGGUGCAGUAUGUGAAUGCCAUCCCCAAGACCAUUGUGACCUCGGACGAACGCCAGCCAACCAAUCUUCGUGGCACUUGGUUGAUCGCGAAACGAGUGCUUGUUCAGGAACAUGCCACUACGUUCCAGUACGAUGGGGCGGAUGGAUGGCACUACUGUAUGGCUGGAUCGCGACACCUCAUUCCCAUGAAAUUGCGGGCGUAUUUGUUUCGAAACCACCCGGCCCAUCCAACGUCUACGGACGUGAUAGCCACGGUCUCUAGUAUGCCGUUUUUCGUCAUGUCGUAUCGCCCGUCGUGCAAAGCCUGCCAAGCCAGCACCAACACCCGCGACGCGUCGCGUGAUCGCGCCGGCGUGUUUCGCUUGAGCGACGGAUUACAGCAAGGAGUGUUGGCCCACCGGGGCAGUCAAUCGGAAAUGUUGCCCUUGACCCCGAGCGUGGCGCCACCGGCUACGGCGGACCACGAACAUCUGGUGGCCAUGGUUGUGAUGGGCUUCAGACGUACCAACGUCGACACAACUCCCCCCCAAUACAAUACCAACACAACAUUGCUGUCGACCUCAAUCACAACCAAGCUGUGUAUGGACAUCGCAGUGGUGCUGGCCAAAUAUCGAUCGAGUUUGCAGGCGUUUUUGCAGCAACAUGCAACCGACAUCUUGGACCAACGCCGGCUCUGGCUUGGCUACGAGCAAUAG